AUGCCUUGCACUGCCCACAGUACCAAGGUGCUGUGGGGGGCUUGGAUCCCAAAGAUCCUCCGAAGGCCUGGUCCCCUGCCUCGCCACUACUCAGUGCUGGUGGAACCUUUCGGAGAAGCCACAGAGGAGCGGCGGGAGCGCACGGUGCCCGCACCGGCCGGAACUGGCAAGCGGCGGCGGCGGCGGCGGCGGCGGCGGGGCGGGGACGCAGGGCCCGUGCCCACCCAGCCCGCCCUACCUUGUCCAGGGGCAGCUCCAGCUCGGCGGGGCGGGGCGGGAGACCGCGGCCGCAUCCACGUCCCAGCCGCGCCUGCGGCUCAGCCCCGCGACCGCCGCCGCUCCUGCUCCAUGCGCAAGGCGCGGACGGGCGGCCCGGCGGGGUCGGGGCGGCUCCGGCUCGCCUCAGCUCCAGCACUUGUUGCCGCCGCUGCCGCUGCUGCCGCCGCCGCCGCCGCCGCUGCGCCUCACUCCCCGCCGCGGCGCCCGGCACCGCCACCACCUACAGCGUCCCUUCGGCCCCGCCCCCGGCCAGCGCACCAAUCAGACGCCGCGCUACCCGCGCGCGUCACCGCCGGGACGGCCGCGUUCCCGCCCCUUGGCCCAAGUUUGGGAAAGGCCGAACUCCUACCCUCCCGCCAGUCGGCGCCCGGUCCCCGCGGGGCUCUCCGCCUCUCGGUGCACCUAGAAAACCCUAGGCGCCACGGGGGAGCCGCAUCUCCAGAGACGCGCUCCCCCGCCCCAAGAUGUAGUCUGCCCCAGAAAAACAGCAGCGACAGCGUCUCCAACUCAGGGUCUAGUCCAAACCCCUCCGCUACCGGGGCCUCUCUGUGCCGUCGGCGAGGCGCUCGCGGGCUGUCAGGCGGCGUUAGCCAAAGGGAAGCCAUUGAAUUUCGAGCGCUGGGGGUUGGAUUUCAGCCCGCUGGACCACCGAGCGCGUACUCUCAGCGAAACGCAGCAGCCUAAAGCAGUGCGUGUUGUUUUGGAUGCGUCGAGCCACGUGAAUGGAGUCACCAAAAAGAAGGGAUUCUGAGUCGGUGGCUCCGGAAAUGUUAAGAUUGGCAGUCUCCAGACCAAACUGUUUUUAUGUUGGUCAGGAUUCUCUGAAGAGCGACGUGAAGUCCAGGCAACAAGUUGAAUUUUUAUCUCCUCACACAAACUGUUAACCGCUGUCACCCGGGGCAAGAAAGGAAGGGAAAUUGUAUACCUUCCCGGGGUUUGAGCGGUCCCCCCCCACACACACACAGAUUUUAUUCAUAAUUCAGAAAGCUAAUAAAACAUUUUAAAAGAAGUAAAUUAGAAGUUAGGUCUGUGUAUUUGAUUAGCUGAAGGCCGCUGUGUUGAUAUUUAAAUACUGUGAGGAGACAAAGCUGGAUUAUUUCCCACCAUCAGAUGUUACUGUUUUCCCUUAAAUGUGCUUUCAGUAGCCACAGACAUGCUUUCAAGGAUUGCUAGCCAAAGAGUUUUGAGUAAAGUCAGCUGGCAGGCAUCAGGGAAAUAAAGCUUGUGUCUUCCACAGCUGCCAAAAGCUGCCGGGCCCUAAAGUUUAAAAAGAAAUGGAAAGCAUUCUCUCCAUGGUACCAUUGAGUACAGCUGAAGUGUGCCGUCCUCCGUCCACAGUGUGACUUUGGGGAAAUAACUUAGUGCUGGAGUCCACGCCCACUUUCCUGGGGUUCAAUAUCCAUAGGCAGAGAUAGACACUCAACAAAUAUGCUGCCCAACAUAGGUGCAAGCACAGGGCACGUACCAGGGCAUUAAACAUGACGCUUUCUCCUGGAGCUCACAGCCCCCCUGGAGAGGUGCUUAAUAAUUCAAUGUACUAAAACUAUUUAAUUACAAUUUUGAUAUGGACCAAAGGAAGUGUAAGCACAGAAUCAUUUGGGGAGUCCAAGUAAAGUGUCUUUAAGUGGGUUUGUUUUUGUUUGGUUUUGCUAUGAUAAAACACCAUGACCAAAAGCAGCUUGAGAAGAAAGAGUUGAUUUGACUUACAAUUCAACAUCAAGGGAAACUGAGGCAGGAACUGAUACAGGUGGAGGAACCCUGCUUGGUCCCCGUGGCUUGCUCAGUCUGCUUUUUUACACCACCUAAGAUUGCCUGCCUGGGGUGACACCACCCCAGAUGGGGUGGGCCCUUUCAUAUCAGGCGUCAGUCAUGUACUAGAGACUUACUUACAGGCCAUCUGGUGAAGGCAUUUCUCAAUUGAGGUUCCUCUUCUGAGAUUGUUGUUCUUGCUCUUUUGGGGGCCCACCACUCAGCUCCCAAGUAAAUCACACACAGAGGCUUAUUCUUAUAUAUAAAUGCCCGGCCUUAGCUUGGCUUGUUUUUUGCCAGCUUUCCUUAACUUUAAAUUAUCCCAUCUACCUUUUGCCUCUGGGCUUUUACCUUUUCUUACUUCUUUCUAUACUUACUUUCACUCUUACUCUGUGGCUGGGUGGCUGGGUGGCUGGCCCCUGCUGUCCUUCUCUCCUUGUUCUCUUGCUCCUUCUUCUUUCUCCCAGAUUUCUCCUUCUAUAUAUUCUCUCUGCCUACCAGCCCUGCCUAUCCUUCUCCUGCCUUGCUAUUGGCCAGUUCUUUUAGACCAUCAGGUGUUUUGCACAGGCACAGUAACACAGCUUCACAGAGUUAAACAAAUACAGCAUAAAAGAAUGCAACACAUCUUUGCAUCAUUAAAACAAAUGUUACACAGCCUUGAAAAAUGCAACACAUCUCUGUGAGUUUGAGGCCAGCCUGGUCUACAGAGUGACAUCCAGGAAAGGCUCCAAAGCUACACUGAGAAACCCUGUCUGGGGGGGAAAAAAAACCUCUCCUGGUCAGAGAAGAAUUAUAGAUUCACAAUAAGAGAGAUUCAGAUGGAAUAAAACUCUAAACUGUUUACAAUGUAUGUAAAAAUGUACUUAGGCUUGAAAGAGAGAGAAAAGGAAUAUAUGCAGUUAUAUAUAUUUUAAAAAUAAAGUCUUUAAAGAGAUAGUAAAGUAAUAUUAAAGUUAAGUCAUGCAAAAAUGAAGAUUACACAGAGUCUGAAUUGUGCUGUCUUUGGGAUUUUAACUGAAGAGACAUUUGAUUGUAAAGGCUGCUGAGUUAAACCAAUAUAUGUAUUUUAAAGGUAUCUUGACUUCAAAUUUUGGGUCUAAGGAUAUAGAUAUAUUGCUUUGGAAAGGAGGCUCUGAUUUUGUUUCCAUAGGAAGCAAGAGGCUAUGGAUUUGUUCCAGGUUAAGAUGGAUCAGAUUUAAUCAGUCGAGACCUCCUGAACUUUAACAGAGGGUACCUAUCAAUAAAGAUUUUGGCCAGUCUUUCCAGGACUUGAUCAUUAUCUCAAAUUUUCUCAAGAUCCCCAUAAGAUUAACAGCGGCCCCAACCAUCAGGGAGUAAUAUGAGAAGCUAUGCCCCAAUUCCCAAAAUAUUGUUUAUAAAUGUUUAUUUUUAUUUAAAGGGGGUUGAUUAUAAAUGCAACCUCUUUCUAAAGAAAGGGGGAUAUUAUAGAUAUGAUAGGAUGAAAGGGUAGAUUAUUGAAUCUACUUUCAAAGAGCAACAACUUGUUUAAAAUGUUUUACAUUACUAUGCAUUAUGAUUUAUUGAUGCAAAUUUAAAGUUGAUUUUGUUAUACUGUAUAUAUUUCUACUCCUGUUUGGGGUAUUAUGUUUGUGCAGCUCAUUUGAAAUUGUAAUGUAUAGUUAAGAAAUACAAAUUAAUAGUCAAAUUUAUAGCCAUGUUAAGUUUUUUAGGUAUACAAAGAUAUAUUUCAAUUAGGAAGGUAAUCUUCAAACACUUCAAAAACCUACAGAAUAUGGCAUUUAAAAUGUUUUAAGAACUUAGACUUUCUGGACAAUGAGACACAUCUGCUCCUGGCAGCACCAAUUUACUUCAAAUAGGAUGAUGGGCAUCAAAAAACUCUAUAUGGAGUUUGCUUUCCUUAUGGCAAAGGUUAGCCAUUUGGGCAAGAAACUGUUCUUGCCUGGACUGCUUGACAAAAUGUUGUAUCAACUGGACAUGCAGGACCCAUGGAAAAAUGACCACUAAAUUUUGCCAAAACAAGUCGAGAUGGUCCUUCAGGUUCCUGCUUCAUAGAGGAGACUUCCAGACAUUCUGCAGGACACAGGGAGAAAUGACUGUGAGACUCUAGACCUAUGGGCUGAAGAUGGAUGCCCCCAACAUUUCAGAGGAACUUUAGGUGAUUGUCCAGGCAGCGAGCUGUCUCUGUCAUUCUAAAUUUUUGGAAGUUGCUUACAAUGCACUUCCUGUUUACUUAGGUAAUAGUGUACCCUUCUGGGGUCUUUGAUGUAGUUGAAGACUAAAUAGUUACAAUUUUCUUUGGUUAUGAUAAAAGAUAAAUUAGACAUGAAACUUUAGAUGCACAAAUAUAGAAUAGAUGAUAAAGUAUUUUCUUUAAUUUUGCCAAAUACAAAUAGACUAGAUAUUGUAACUGUAAUUCUUGCUUGAUAACUGUUUGUUAUAUGUAAUUUUACUAUGUUAAAGUUAUAUUUUUUUGAUUAGAUAGAAAAGAGGAAGUGCUGGGGGAUAACUUUCUGUAUGCUGUGAAUAUAUGUUGUUCCCAUUGGUUGAUAAAUAAAGCUGCUUUGGCCUAUGGCAAGGCAGCUUAGAGGCGGGCAAGAAAUCCAAGCAGAUAUAUAGAGAGAAGAGAGAGACACCAGCCACCACCAAUAGAAGAAGAAGCCAGCAGACUGGUAAUGCCACGGCCACAUGGCAACUUAUAGAUUAACAGAAAUGGGUUAAGUUAUAAUAGCUAGCUAGCAAGAAGCCUGCCAUAGGCCAUACAGUUAGUAAUUAGUAUAAGCCUCUGAAUGAUUAUCCCACCACAGGGCCAGGUGGGACCAGAGAAACCUUCCAGCUACAGUGAAGCAGGAAAUUUGAAGAACUGUCCUGCCUUGUGUUGGCAAAGUUCAUCAGUUGCUUUUCUCUAUGUCCUACAGAAUAUAUAGCAGACUUCUGUGAAGUAGGAAUUUUGAAGAACUGUCUUGCCUUGUUUGGCAAAGUUCAACAGUCUUUUUCCUGUGGGUCCUGCAUGUCCAGUCUGCACAGCACACUGUCAGCAGUCAAAGGCAAGAGCAGUUUCUUUGCCCAGUGGCUAACCUUGCCACAAUGAAAGCAAACCCCGUAAGGAGUUUCUUCACUGCCCAUCAUUCUUUUAUGAAAUAAAUUGGUGCUGCCAGGAGCAGAUGGGUCUCAUUGUCAUGAAAAACCUUAGGUUAACAAAACAUUUAAAUGCCAUAUUCUGUACGUCUUUGAAGUGUUUGAAAACCAUUUAUCUAUCUAAAAUAUAUCUGUUUAACCUAGAAAACAUACCUAAUGUGACUACAAGUUUGAUUAUUAUAGAUUAACUACUAAUCUCAUUUCUUAUUUAAGAAUUGCAUUUUUAAAUGAACUGCAUAAACACAAUACCCCAAACAAGAGUAGAAAUGUAUAUAUAUACAGUGUAACAAAAUUAACUUUAAAUUUGUAUCAAUUUACCAAAAUCCAUGCCAAUGCAAAAUACCUGAGAUUAAUAGUUGUCUUUUUAUCCUAUAUUCCUAUAUUCCCCUAAAUAUAACAAACAUCCAUGACCAACAAAUUAACUAAAAGCCUCUCACACCCCUUUUGGAAAUGUGGGUGUUGUGUUCUCCAAAGUGCUUCCUGUUGUCUGUGGAUAAAGUAUCUUUAAGGUCCCUGAGAAAAUUUAAGAUAAUAAUGGCCAAAUCCUGGGCAGACCAUCUAUAACCUUUGUGUGGGGGCCCAAAUUACUCAGGGUCAGAGAAUCUGAGCUUGCUUUACCCAGCAGGGCUACAGAAGGAGAUGAUUUGAUCUUAGGCAUGUUUAUCAGGUGUUUGGAAGAAUCUAAACUUGGCUGUGUGGUGUGCUUUGAUCUUGCAAGGGGGAGGUC